AUGGACUAUACAACGUCCAUAGCUUUCAGAACUUCGUCGUCUGCCCCAGCUUCCUCUAACGUCUCACCAUCGCUCUAUCCCGUAUCAAUGGCCCCAGCACCCGAGGAUCGCGAAUCACCCUCUUUAAGCAGCAGCAGCAGGGGAACGCCAACUUACAAUACCGUUGAUUUGCCACGCACUCCCUCUGCAAGCAAAGGUGGUUGUUGGACGUGUCGGCUGCGACGAAAAAAAUGCGACGAGCAGCGGGAAGGCGACUCAUGUCGCACUUGUGUACGUCUAACCAUUGAGUGUUUAGGCUGGGGUCCAAAGCGACCGGAAUGGAUGCGCGAUAAGCAGGCCGUCGAGGCAUACAAGGCAAAUAUCAAGGCAAAGCUUACUCGUGCUGGUCUCAUCCGGGGGCAACCCCGGACAUCCAUGCUACAAGCACAAGCAACCAAACCCGCCCCACCGUCGCGGCCGUCCACUUUCCAUCGCCUUUCGGCACCCUCUCCCAAGACAUCUGAAAAAUCAUCGAGCACGGCCUCAUCAUCACUGACUCUUGACGCCGACCUCCGACCCUUUGAUUAUCGUUUUGAUCAAUCUCGCAUGGGUGCAAUAUCCGGGAUGGCCGGUGACGGCUUUCACCAACUCCCGGCCGCAUCCUAUAGUGAUUCUAACGUCAAUUCCAUGGAUUUCGGCGCGCCGAUGUACCAGUACUCACCGCAAUCUUCGUCAGUCCACAGUGAACCCUUAGACUUCGAUAUGGGCUUGUAUGUUGCAACACACAGUAGCGACCAAUUUGAUUUCAACAUCCGCCCCCCAUCCCCCAUACAAAGUUUCCCUCUACUUGCCGGCCAAAACUCCAUCCAAGAGAGCCACGUCAUGUAUUUCUUCGAACAUGUCAGAAAGACGAAUAUUCUUUUUUCCAGCAACGCGCUCACGAAUCUUACGUAUACUAUGAUCGUACAAGAACCCCGGGGAGCAGUCACCAACGCCGUCUGCGCCUUAUCAAGUCUCCAUUUCACACGAAUGCGUGUUGCGCAGGGCUUAGAGGCUCCGGAUCCCAAUCCGGAACACUCAACAGCGCAAUAUUUCCAUGACGAGGCCGCCUUUCAACUCGCUAGUGGAAAGCAGACGAAAUCACGUCACGACGAAAGUGAUGUCCUCGCCGCGUUGUACCUGCUAUGCUUUUCCCAGAUGGCCGGAAGCACAGUUGACUGGCUUCCCAUGCUGGCCGUCGCCUUGGAAUGGAUUUCCCAGACAGGUCUUCCAACUGCUGAUAACCCCAAGCUUGUCUUGGCGAAUAUGAGUACAUCCAGUCAAUUGAUCGUGAAAUGCACAAUGUGGAUGGAGAUCUUUGCAUCAUUUACGUUGAUGAAACAACCCAAGCACCUGGCACUGUACAGAUGUCUGCUUGGGGAUCAGAACGGAUUUUGGGGGCACGAAUGCCGCGGACUCCACAUGGAAAACUUGACCGGAUGUCCUGACGAGGCGAUGCUCGCUCUUGCCGAGAUAUCUGGGCUGGCCCAUUGGAAGGUAUCCGAGCAAGCGAAGGGAUCCCUGAGCUUCCGUGAACUUGUGCGGCGCGGCGAUGACAUAGAACAAAGGCUGCGAAAUCGGCAACGCGAACCGUCGAAUUUUGGCGAACAAACACCGUUACACCCGAACCUGAUGCAAGCGACCAUGUCUGACGCAGGAGUGAUAUCCUACCCGGACGAGGUCAUGCAUUUGGUCGGAAACAUCUUUCGAGAAAGUGCAGUGUUAUAUCUUUAUACCAUAAUCAACGAAGACAAUCCAGCCGUGCCCGAAAUUGCCGCAUCGGUUAAUACGAUUACACAGCUGCUCCAUCAAUUGGCGCCCUCGGAGAUCGAUCGAACUUUGGUAUUUCCCAUGUGUCUGGCAGGAUGUAUGACAGACAACUCGUCACAUAGAGAGUUCCUAAAAGCAAGACUGCAAUCACAGGAUGAGAGCAUCGGAAACUUGUUGCGAACGCGAUUAGUGAUGGAAGCCGUAUGGCAAAAACGCGAUACACGUGUUGGCUCAAGCGAGUGGAGAGAAAACCUCCGCGAACGGUGCCCUAAUUUGCUCCUGAUAUGA